AUGCGUUGUAUACUUGUCUGCGCUAUCCUUGGCUAUGCGACGCCGUGGACCUAUUCGGCAGAGAUCAAUCAAUUUCAGGUCAGAGGAAGGCUAAUCUGCGACGGACGGCCAGCUGUUGGCGUCAAAGUCAAACUGUGGGACGUCGAUCGGACGGACAUGGAUGAUCUGAUGGAUGAGAAAACGACGAACAUGAAUGGCGAAUUCCAGUUGGCAGGUUGGACGAAGGAAUACACCACGAUUGACCCUAAGCUGAGUAUUUACCACGACUGUAAUGACGGUAUCAAGCCUUGUCAACGAAAGUUCUCCAUCCUGAUCCCGGACAGCUACGUUAGCCACGGCAAAGUGCCGAGAAAG